ACAUUUGGAGCUUCAGCUCUGCUUCGGCACUGUUAAUAUUUCCUUCCAAUUCCAUGAGUUUUUGUGCUUUGGAUGUUUUGGUGAAUGAGCCAUACUGUAUGAUCCAGCCCCUAAGAACCGCCUUAAGUCCUUAAAGAGUGAAGAUUAUAAUAAACCCUUUUCAACAGUCUCUGAUGAUGUGUUUCUGCCUAAAUUCAUCAGUGUAAAUCACUUUUCACUUUUUGUUUUUAUGUGCCAGUCACUUUGUGCCACAGCAUUCUGUGUAAUCGUCUAUGUGUCCUCAGUGCACACUGAAAUCGCAAACCAAACCAGUGGAGAAAUCACAUGAAAGGUCGAUGUGGGUGCAGCGUUCACCACUCUGUGGUCUGUAUGAGCUUGUCAAGUUUUUGCUGCUAAAUAUUCUGUGUUUUUGCUAAUCCAUAUUCAUCAGUGCUUACAGGAGUUUACAGCCACAUUUCUGCCAUUGAUCGUAUGAAGGCUGAGACUCUCUUGGGUUCUUCAGUGUCAAAAACCCUCAAAAAUCAUCAGAAAGCUCUCACACUUCCUGUGUUGCCCAUGACGCCACCGUCCUCAACCUGACGGCUUCAGGACCGAAUCACAACUCAAACACACAAUCACAUCUGCAUCAAGAGGUUUUGUUCCAACUCCUCAUCUGAUGAAAUGCCUCGAUCAUUUCUAGUGAAGAGUAAGAGGGCGGGGCAUCACUCCUCACGCUCCACCCACUCACAACAUCAGCAACAAGAUGGAUGGGUGUCCAGCUGUCACUCAGAGACGAUAGAACUGUCGCCCAGUUUACCUACUGACACCAGCAGAAACAACCGUUCAUUACUGCACUGGACCAAUAACAGCUCUGAUGCUGAAUACUGGAACUCGACUGCAGUGCAUCAGUGUGGUGUCUGUCAGACGUCUCACUCUGAGCUGUCGUCCUCUUCUGUCGUUUUGGAGAGUGAGACAGAUCUGGAGCGUCUGAUUCAAGCGUUACUCAGUCGCCAUCAGCUGAUGAAUGCUCAGACGCCGCUGUGUGAGUGUUCACUCUGUGAGAAGCUCUUGUCCUCUGUGGUGGGUUUGGCAUCUCACUUGCGCAAGUCACAUGUUAACAGGCCUGCUCUCCCAUUGGCUGGUUCCACAGGCCACGUCCAGCAGCACUAUAUGUACAGACCUUCAGGAUUACUCAGGGUGAAGGAGAGGACUUUUGGCUGUAAGGUUUGUGGGAAGGUGUUUAAGCGGUCAUCGACUUUAUCCAUACACCUGCUGAUUCAUUCGGACACACGGCCGUUCCCUUGUCCACACUGCGGCAAGAGAUUCCACCAGAAAUCUGAUAUGAAGAAACACACGUACAUACACACAGGUGAGAAGCCUUAUGUGUGUGUGGUGUGUGGUAAAGCGUUCAGUCAGAGCUCAAAUCUGAUCACACACAGCAGGAAACACAGCAACUAUCAGCCGUUUAGUUGCUCAUACUGUACACUCAGGUUCCAGAGGAGAGCUGACCUGCAGGGCCACCUACAGACACACACAGAGAACAACAGUCGACUUUACCAGGAGACCUGAGAGAGAAUAUAUCAAAUAUAUAGAAUAUUUUUUAACAUUUUUAAUCCACUUUAAAUGUUAGUCAAGGUUUCUUGCAACAAAGUUUUUCAAGACCAUUCUCCACUCUCUUUCUCUUUCUGACCCCUUACAAUGAAACAGACUGUUAUUGCUACUGUUUUGUUAAGACUUAUUUAUGAAAAUUACCUGUUAUGACUGAACUGUUAUUCUCCGAUAUACACUUACAUCACCCACAUGUGUAUUUAACCCUUUGGGACGUUUUUGUCUUUUUAUUUUUCAUUUUGGGUGUGUUAAUGCCAAUGGCAUACAUUUUGCCAGAGGUGUGUAUUUUUGGGGGUAUUUUGAUAUUUCAACCUCAGUUCCUAUAAUACAUCUAUAAUACACUGUGUACACAAAAUAGUCACACUCAGGACCUUCAGGACAAAAAUGUCCCCAUUGAAACCCAUUAAAACUGCAAUAUUUGAUCCCAGUGCCAUUAAAGCAUAAAAUCAUGAAUUCUAUGAUAUUAUGCUUUCAUUCUGGAGUCCUGGCUUCAACAUUUACAUUAUUAAUACUUUCUACCAGAUGGCGCCAUUUUCCUCAUGUUUAGCCUAUGGAGCAAAUACAAGCUUUUCCCCUAUUCUCUGUUUGCUGUAUUAUAGAGCACUGCAGGCCAACUGAAUAAAUGAUGCAGAUAAAAUUGUGUGUGUGUGUUGGUAUUGAUGUUAGAGUGUGUUAAGUCUGUGUGUAUUGCGAAAUUUGUGUGUGUGUAAAAAACAACAGUGGCAUUAUGUAAACAAACUGGCAUUUAAAGGGUUAAAAUCCUGAAAAUGAAUGAAUAUUUGAUAGUUAUGAUCAGGACUGAUGUUGGUUAAAAAAUCCAAGUCAGUGAAAGUGGAAAAUAAUAUUAAUAUAUAAUAUUAUUGUGGCAGUUUUUUGACGUGGACAUUUUUGUCCUCUGUGGGCCUUUAUUUAUUGAUGCACAAGGGUUAAAGUGUAUGGAAGUCAUAUUGUUUAGAUUGCUAAUAUGCAAGAUGUCUUUGAGAUGUUUGAGAAAUCUGCUCUUUUUAGGAUGUUUAUCAGAUGUUAAUAAGAUUGUGAUGCUUUCCAGAUGAAACUCUCUUAAAAAGCCAUUAAUUAGCUCAUGGUUAUGGUACAAUCAUGAUGAUUUUUCAGCAAGUCAGUAUGUCGCAUAGUACAUCAAACCCUUCUGUUUUAAAGAAUCAAGAAAAUGUGAUCUCUGAUGAUAUGACCUCUUUAAUAAUAAACAG